UGAAUCUCCCGUUAACUGUUCCGUCGUUUUCAGUAUAAAUGCCGUAUGGGAACACUCAUCAUCACAAAUACGAUACAGAAGUUGUAUUUCACGCUCGGUCUCGAAUAAAGUCCUGGCAAUGAACAUGAAGAUUUUAGCCGUGUUUAUGGUGAUUGCGGCUGCGUCCAACGUGGCGAUGGCGUUUGAUGUGAGCGUCCCUGUCAUUAAUUUGGUGCAAUCAUCCAGAGGUCGUUACCAAAUCAAAAACCUUGCCGAAGCCCAGCAAGUAUGCAAGGCAUAUGCCCCAGGGAUGCGGGUUGCCACUCCCGCUGAGCUGAUGGCAGCUUUCAAAAUAGGCUACGAAAGGUGCAGCUGUGGAUACCUCUCGGACGGGAGGGCUAGUUAUGUUAUGCAGAAGUGGAGGCCCGGGUGUGCUGGCCGUGGAUUCACUAUAUGCGGAUACAGAGGAAGCUAUAACACCUACUGCACCACCGGAAGUCCUAUCCUGUCCGUAGAGAAAUAUGGCCGUCGAUACAACGUCCGAAGUCUCGCCGAUGCCGAUGCUACUUGCAAGAAAUAUGAUGGUAUGCAAGUAGCCACGUACGACCAGGUCAACACAGCCAGGACUAAAGACAACUACGAAAAAUGCGCGUGUGGGUACAUGAAGACCAGCUCAGGAAGGCCAUUCGUAGGCUAUCCGAUGCUGAAAUGGAGAAAAGGAUGCGCUGGUGCAGGCAUGGCCAAUUGCCGAACCAUAUUUGGCAACGUUUUCUGCGUCAAUCCUUGGAACGCAUAAUGAGUUAUCCCGAUUUCUGGUAAUUCAAUGUAGCAGUGAAUCUUGCCAAUAAAGUUUCUAUCUGAUCAAA